AUGACUGGUGUGCCAGCCAACAGCAACGAGUACAGAUAAAAGCGGAAUUGAAUUCCACGAGAGUAAGAGAGACAGCAUCAAGUUCUUGAAAUCAUAAAUACGGAUAUGAUACAUCGCGUCAUCGUGAUUGUGUAUAAGUGUGUUAUGUAUAAGAAAUAAAAGGGAGAGAGAGAGAAAAAAAGGGGAGAGACAAGCUGAGAAGUAGAUUGUCAAGUGCAGGCAACACAGUCAGGAGCCAGGUUUUACCGCGUCGUGUACGCAGAAUCACACACAACUUACAAUUCAUACAAUUCAAUAUAACAUAUAACAUAUACAUAUAUAUACACAUAUAAUAUUCUUCCACUUGAAGCUGGUGAUGCCAAUAUCCGCCAUAACGUUGAGAAGGACGUAACGCCAUAACGAAGCGCUCGAGUGAGAGCAGACAGCAACGCGGGAUAAACAUUUGUCUAGUGAUUAUACGACGAUGCCGUCGUGAACGACUAGUAUUUUUUUUUACUGAUCGUCUGUUAAUAAAACAUUUGAUUGGUGUAUUUAUAAAUUACCGUGAUUAAAAAAAUAUUGUGGAUAGUAAUUAUGGUGGGAAUAAUUAUAAAUGGUGUGUUGAUAUAUAUAGGAAGCCAUUGGUAACAAGUACACACUGUUUAUCAGCAAUGGAGCGUAAAAAUUCGAUACGGAGAUUAUCAAUUGAAGAUUGAGGGAAAUGGAUGAUGACGAAGGAACAUCAAGCUCUGGGCCAAUGUCAUCGUUAAAUAGUCUCUUUUCUUUUACAAGUCCGGCGGUUAAAAAACUUCUGGGUUGGAAACAGGGUGACGAGGAAGAAAAAUGGGCUGAGAAAGCCGUUGACUCGUUGGUUAAAAAAUUAAAAAAAAGAAAAGGUGCGAUCGAAGAGCUGGAACGUGCUCUGAGUUGUCCUGGUACACCUAGCAAAUGUGUAACCAUACCUAGAAGUCUUGAUGGAAGACUUCAGGUGUCACACCGUAAAGGCUUGCCGCACGUUAUCUAUUGUCGUGUGUGGAGGUGGCCUGAUUUGCAGUCGCACCAUGAACUGAAACCCCUGGAACUGUGCCAAUAUCCAUUUUCAGCCAAGCAGAAAGAAGUCUGUAUCAACCCUUACCAUUAUAAACGAGUUGAGAGCCCUGUGUUGCCGCCAGUGUUGGUGCCAAGACACUCGGAAUUCGCACCGGGACAUUCGUUGCUGCCGUUUCAGCAAAUUCAAGACACGACAAUGCCACACAAUGUAUCCUAUUCAACAAGUGGAUUCAAUUCGGGGCCGACUGGUGGGUCUAAUAUAAAUCCUACAUCGCCAAUGUCCUCAAUAAGCUCAGUACCGAGUCCCGGUAGCGCUUCAAAUAAUCCUCAAAGUCCGUACGGCACAAAUGGUUUACCUGAGACACCACCACCGGCUUACUCGCCGCCAGAUGACGGUUCACAAACUGGACAAUCGCCCCCGCCUGAUCCCGCUGCUAUGGACACUGGAGGCUCUCCCGAAGUUGAUCCCGUUUGCUACCAGGAACCGCCUUACUGGGCAUCGAUUGCUUACUACGAAUUGAAUUGCCGCGUCGGUGAAGUCUUUCACUGUCAAUCCCACUCUGUGAUUGUCGACGGGUUCACCAACCCCAGCAACAACUCUGACCGUUUUUGUCUAGGUCAGCUGUCCAACGUCAAUCGUAACUCAACGAUAGAAAACACAAGAAGACACAUCGGCAAAGGUGUUCAUCUUUAUUACGUCGGUGGCGAAGUUUACGCCGAGUGUUUAUCUGAUUCGGCUAUUUUUGUACAAUCGAGAAAUUGUAAUCACCAUCAUGGUUUUCAUCCCAGUACAGUCUGCAAAAUACCGCCGGGAUGUUCACUAAAAAUAUUUAACAAUGCUGAAUUUGCACAAUUGCUCUCCCAGAGUGUUAAUCAUGGAUUCGAAGCCGUCUACGAGCUCACCAAGAUGUGUACAAUAAGAAUGUCUUUCGUCAAAGGAUGGGGAGCUGAAUAUCAUCGGCAAGAUGUUACGUCAACACCUUGUUGGAUCGAGGCACAUUUACAUGGUCCACUGCAGUGGCUAGACAAAGUCCUUACUCAAAUGGGCUCCCCUCAUAAUGCCAUAAGUUCCGUGUCGUAAAAAAUUAUAAAUAUCAAUUACUAUAAUUGUUUAUUAUUUUUUUUUUUUUUUUCAUUUUUUUUUAAAUUACCUUUAUCUAUACAUAAUAUAAAAUUUAAUUUAAGUAGAAAAGGAGACUGACUGUCAAAAACAAUAAUAAAUUAGUGUGGUUGGUCUUAUUUUCUUAAAUAUUCUCAUGAUACAAAGAGAUUAUUUUAUUUGCAAUACAGAAAAAACGUGAAAUUAUCAAUUUUUUUUCUUUUUUUUUUUUUUUUUUUAAUUACACAUCUAAUGACAUUUUAAAAUUUGAAUGAAGUGCAAACAUGUAGAAUUACCGAUGGCUAAAGGCGUUCUCAGACAUUACCCCCCUCCCCCCAGUUGUCAAAAAUAUUCAGUGACUUUGAACUGUCAGCCGUAGAAAGAUUUUAUUAAUUAAUUAAAAAAAAAUUGGAGCGUUAAUUGAAAAAAAGGCAACGUGAUGACAAUUGUCACCGAGUUAUAAAAUUAAAAUACGGUAAUGACAGUUGAGUUAUUGAAUAUUUAAAAAAGUGGGGGGCACUGUCUGAAAUUACCCUUAAAAAAAAUGUACCGAUAUUAUAUAUUAUUAUUAUUAUAUUUAAAUUUUCAAUGAGGAGAUAAUAGACAGCGUGUGUUCUGUUAUUCGAUACACCGAACUGAAGCCUUAUAACUCAUCGAGUUAUUAAUUGACGUAACAAAAAACAUAAAAAACAAAAAUAAUAAUAAUAAUAUUCUCUAUUACAAUUAUAUUACUCAUAGAAAAGAAAUGUUAAAUAUUUUAUUAACAACUUGAUCGGCAUAACGUUUUAUUUUUUUAUAUAGACGUUAUGAUAUAUAUAUUUAUGUGCAAUUUAAAACAAGUUACUGUCAGUUUAAUGAUAACAAUAAAAUGCUAUUGCUAUUUUAUGAAAUAAUAACCAGCGUGUAAGUGCGACUGGCGCUAAAAGAAAGUGUUUAAAAUGAAAGUAUUAAGAUAUAUAUUGACGACCAUCGGAAAGCUAAAUUAAUUAUGCUUAUCAAAACUACUUUCUAAAUCAUGUUAAAUUCAAUGUUUAUUAUUAUUACACUGUAAAAAAUCGGGAGUAAAUUCGGAGUGAUUGCGGAUUUGUUCUGCUCCGUUGAUCGGAGUUCUGGAGUUUUUAGAAAAAAAAUCACUCCGCAAAUAAAGAGUUUUUUUUUCAACGGAGUAAUUUGAAUUUUAUUUAAAUUUGCAUCCACUCCGAUUCGGAGUUUAAAAAUUAAAAUGAAUUCCGUAGUCGAUUUCACUCCAAAAAAAUAGAAUAAAUAAACAGUCAUUCGGUCCGCAAUCACUCCGGAUUUGAUCCACGUUCGCUACAAAAAUUUUUUGCAGUCAUACUCAAUAAUUAUUAAAAUCAAAAUUAACAGUUUGAAAUUUUAAUCAUCAAUUUUUGAACAUUUAAAUUUUAAAAAAUAAUUAUGAAACUGAAGUUAACCGACCUCUCAAAAUUUUUGGAUUUUUUUCCUAUGAUAAAUUAUAAAAAAAAAAAAUAUUUGAAAAAAUUGCACCUGUAGUUUUUAAAAUUUUCUACACAUGCAUAUUUUUAUUUUUUAUUUUUUAGUAAUUGAUUUGUUGAAAAAAAAUCAAAAAAUUAUUAAUUGUCGGGUAACUUCAAUAUCAUAAAUAAUUUUGCUUUCCGUAUCGGUCGAAAAAAAUUUUCGAGCCUUAUUGAAUAUGCCUAAAAAUAAUCUGACAAUAUUAAUAAUAUGAGCCUUUGAGAAGCAUUAUUGAUUAGUUAAUAAUAUGCUGUAGCUAAAAAUAAAAUUAAACAAUAAAAUAAAAUGAAUUUUGUCUAUUAUAAAUUUUUUUUAUAAUAAAAAAUCAAUGCAAGAUGUAAGCAGACGCCGAUCUCAUAAGAGUUUAACUUUAAACUGCGUCUGAUAAAUAUUAAAUAUAAUCAAUUAAUUAAUUAAAUAAAAACCAACAGUUUUUAUUACUUUUUUUUUAAUUACUUAGCUUUGAAUUUUUCUGUCAACUUUUAAACUAAAUGGAACAUUCUCUAUUGUAAACAUUGAUCAUUACUAUUAUUAUGUACUACGAUAUCGUUUAUCUUUAUACGUCACAAGUAAAAUUAAUUAAACAUACAAAUAGUUAAGCGUUAAAAGAAUUUUAAACUAAACAAUAAAAGACAAAAAACUGAAUUUUUUUUUUUCAAGUGGCAGAUUCGUGAGUGUCUACUAUUAAUUAUAAAUUCUAAUUUGAAUUAAAAAAUAUUGUAAUUGUAAUUAUAAUUAAAUAAAAAAAGUUUAUAUAUAUAUAAAUAUAUAUUAAUAUAUGUACAAAUAAAUCAAGUGCCACAACUGAUGACGUAAUUAUUCAGUUACUUGUUGAGAGUAACCGCAUGAUAAAAAAAAAUCGCUUCGAUUGUUAAAACGAAUUAUUAAAGUAAAGAGUGAAUUGCUGAUAUUAUAAAUAUAUUAAAUAAAUAUAUUAUUAGAUAAAAUAAAUUUAUAUUUGUAUUGUGCCUGAAGACGUAAAAUAAAUUUACGUCAACUUUUGCUUAUUGUGAUGGCUUACACUGCAUUUUUUUAAAGUGAUUGAACGUGAUUUGUGCUGUUCGUUCAGUGAUUUGUGCUAUGAAUUACUUGUAAUGUAUAUUUUAAAAAAUAAAUAGAUUGUAGACACUCACAGCACACGAUUCAUUCCACAUUACGAGCUGCCUUUUAAAAAAAAUUAACGAACACGUGAUCGAUACUUAAAAAUUAACUGUGUAAUUAAUUAACUGCUCGUAAUAGAGAAGUAAAUAAAUAUAUUUAC